CAGAGAAGCAAAUUGUCUUGACACUUCGUAAGCAGUCAUGGGCAUACCAGCCCCUCUUCUAUGUUAGAUGACAUCAAGACAAUCAAGAUAUCCUUGGAAACCUCAAGAAAAGGGGUUUUGAACUCAUCUUCAUCAUUCAUACAUGGGAACCAGUGAUAAAAGUGUUGGAAACAAGGUGAGACUUCUCAGAAAUACUUGCAUAUUUUGUAGUAUUGUUAUAUCAGCACAGGGCUGGACUCCAAAGCAGCCGGAAGAAGGGGAACUGACUACCAACUGCUCCAGCAUGUCUCUAAGAAGGGUUCCUGAGGAUUUGACACCAACCACAACCACGCUGGAUUUAUCCUACAACCUCCUUUUUCAAAUUCAAAGUUCAGAUUUUCGUUCUGUCUCCAAUCUGAAAAUUUUGAUUCUGUGCCAUAACAGGAUCCAACAGCUGGAUAUCAAGGCCUUUGAAUUCAACAAGGAGCUUAGAUAUUUAGAUUUGUCUCACAAUAGACUAAAGAUUGUAACUUGCUAUUCACUGCCAGGUCUCAGGCAUUUAGAUCUUUCUUUCAAUGACUUUGACACUGUGCCUAUUUGUGAGGAAACUGGCAACAUGUCACACCUGGAAAUUCUAGGCUUGAGUGGAGCAAAAAUACAAAAAUCAGAUUUCCAGAAAAUUGCUCAUUUGUAUCUGAAUACUGUCAUUUUAGGAUUGAGAACUCUUUCUUAUUAUGAAGAAGGUAGCCUGCCCAUUUUAAACACAACAAAACUUCACAUGGUUUUACCAAAGAACAUAAAUUUCUGGGUUCUUUUGUGUGAUGGAAUCAAGACUUCAAAAAUAUUAGAAAUGACAAAUAUAGAUGACAAAAGCCAAUUUGCAAGUAACGAAACUCAACGGAACCUUAGGUUAAAGAAUGCCAAGACAUCUAUUCUGUUACUUAAUGAAGUUGAUUUGCUCUGGGACGAUCUUCUGAUCAUCUUCCAACUUGUUUGGCAUACAUCAGUGGAAUACUUCCAGCUCCAAAACGUGGCUUUCGGAGGUAAUGUUUAUCUUGAUCACAAUUCAUUUGACUAUUCAAAUACUGUUAUGAGAGCUAUAAAACUGGAGCAUGUCCAUUUCAGAAUUUUUUAUAUUCCACAGGAUAGAGUCUACCUGCUUUUCACCAAAAUGGAUAUAGAAAACCUGACAAUAUCAGAUGCACAAAUGCCACACAUGAUUUUCCCUAAUUACCCUAUGAGGUUCCAAUAUUUAAAUUUUGCCAAUAAUGUCUUAACAGAUGCUCUGUUUAAAAAACCAAUCCACUUGCCUCAUUUGAAGACUCUCAUUUUGAAGGGCAAUCAACUAGAGACAUUUUUCUUAGUGAGUCACUUUGCCAGCAACACAUCCUUGCAGCACUUAGAUCUGAGCCAAAAUCUGUUACAACAUGAAAAUAAUGAAAACUGCUCCUGGCCAGAAACCUUGAUCACCAUGAACUUGUCAUCCAAUAAAUUUCCUGAUUCUGUUUUCAGGUGUUUGCCAAGAAGUAUUCAAAUACUUGACCUGAAUAAUAACAAAAUUCAAACUGUCCCUAAAGCGAUUACUCAUCUGAAGUCUUUACGAGAGCUAAAUGUUGCAUUUAAUUUUCUAACUGAUCUCCCUGGAUGCAGUCAUUUCAGAAGCCUCUCAAUUCUGAACAUUGAAAUGAACUUAAUUCUCAGCCCAUCUCGGGAAUUUUUUCAGAGCUGCCGGGAAGUUAAGAUUCUAAAUGCAGGAAGAAAUCCAUUCAGGUGCACUUGUGAACUAAGAGAUUUCAUUCAGCUGCAAAAAAAUUCAGAGGGUAUGUUGGCUGGAUGGUCAGAUUCAUAUAUCUGUGAAUACCCUUUGAAUCUAAAGGGGACUCAGCUGAAGGACGUUCAUCUGCCUGAAUUAUCCUGCAAUACAGCCCUGUUGAUCGUCAUCAUUGUGGUCAUGCUAUCUCUGGGGAUGACAGUGGCCUUCUGCUGCCUCCACUUUGAUCUACUCUGGUACAUUAGGAUGCUAAGUCAGUGGACACAGACAUGGAACAGGGUUAGGAAGACUGCCCAAGAAAGACUCAAGAGAAAUGUCCAAUUCCAUGCAUUUAUUUCAUACAGUGAACAUGAUUCUCCCUGGGUAAAGAAUGAAUUAAUUCCCAAUCUAGAGAAAGAAGAUGGUUCUGUUUUGAUUUGCCUUCAUGAGAGAAACUUUGACCCUGGCAAGAGCGUUACUGAAAAUAUCAUAAACUGCAUUGAGAAAAGUUACACCUCCAUCUUGGUUUUGUCUCCCAACUUUGUCCAGAGUGAGUGGUGCCAUUAUGAACUCUACUUUGCCCACCAUAAUCUUGUCCAUGAAAAUUACAUAAUCCUCAUCUUGCUGGAACACAUUCCACUCUACUGCAUUCCUAACAGGUAUCAUAAGCUGAAAGCUCUCAUGGAAGAGAAAACAUGCUUGAAAUGGCCCAAGGAUAGGCGCAAGCACGGACUUUUUUGGGCAAACCUCCGAGCUGCUAUUAACAUUAGUUUAUCAGAAACCAGAGACAUGUGUGAACUACAAACAUUUGCAGAGCUGAAUGAAGAGUCUCGAGGUUCUACAGACUCUCUGAUAAAAACAGACUGCCUAUAAAAUCCUACCCCCUCGGGAAAUUGGGCCCUACAGACAUAUUGAGAUAUAAAUUGGUAUAACCUUUAUGAUGGUCAUUUGUUAAUAUCUAUUAAAAUGAAAAAUGGUCAUUCCUUCAUAGCAGUUCCUUGAAGUAUUUCUAAGAAUGUAUCUUAUAGAAAUACCUGUACAAGUUUGCAAUGGUUUAUGUAAAAAGGUAUUCAUCUCAGUGUUGUUUAUAAUCAUGAAAUUGAAAACAGCCUUAAUGUUCACAAAAUAAGGAUUAAUUAAAUAAAUUGUAGUAAAUUAAUGCCAUAGGAUAUCAAAAACCAAACCAGUUGUGUUGAGUCAGUUCUGGCUCAUGGAGACCCCCUGUGUUUCAGACUAGAACUGUGCUUCGUAGGGUUUUCAAUGGGUAUGAUCUUUCCAAAGCAGAUUGCCAGGCUUUUCUUCUGAGGCACCUCUGGACAGAUUUGAACCACCAACCUGUCAAUUAGCAGCUGAGCACUUAACCAUUUAUGCCACCUAGGGACUCCAAAAGGAUAUUAAGCAGUCAUUAAAAAGAAUGAGUGGCUCUAUAUUUACUGGUAUGGAGAAAAUUAUAUUAAUAUAUUGGUUUAUACAAGAAAUAAAAAUCUGAAGGAAUCUACACCAGUACACUGGUUUAAUAAUAGUGGUUUUGGUCUGGGAGGUUGGAUUACAGGGAGUACUUGCUUUCUACGUUGCAUAUUUCUAUGAUGUUCAAACUGUUUAGAAUUAACCUGUAUUUCUCUAUAAGUAGAAAAAACAAUAGAGAGAAUUUUGAAAGCCUAUACAUCCUACUUAUUUUGCUUGAUUCUGUGCUUCUAGUUUCACUGGGCACAGAAAACAUGCUCUCCUGGAUUUUGCAAAAUUAUAUGUCAAAAGGAAACAUCAUGUUACUUCCCAAGUUAAAACAUUUAGUGGUUCACCUACAUGAUAAAGGAAGAACAUGCCAUGUCCUUUAAGAUCCAUCACCAGUAUUCUCUUACUUCAUUGAAUUCUCUCAUCUAGUCCAAUCAAAGUAUUGACCAUUUCCAGAAUAUCUAGUUUCUGUUUAUGUCCCCAGAGCCUUGGCACUGUGCUUGCCUGCAAUGCCUUUCUCUCCCUGGUCCACUCAGGAAAUCUUACAUAUCCUUGAAGGCACAAUCCAAAUGCCAACUCUUCUUUGAAAACUGCCUUACCUCUUCCCCUAAGCAUGUUGGUGUUGUUGUAGUCAAGUCGAUUUCUACUUAUGGUGACCCCAUAUGUGCAGAGUAGAACUCCUCCAUAAGAUUUUCAAGGCUGUGACCUUUGGGAAGCAAGUUGCCAGGCCUUUUUCCGAGGCACUUCUGGUUGGGUUUGAACUGCAACCUUUCCGUUAGUAGUCCAGUGCUUAAUCAUUUGCACCACCCAGGGACUCCUCCCCAAGUAUGAUGUUCUUCAAUUCUCUGUAACACUUUAGACAUAUUUCUGCUACCAAACUGAUUACGUACCUUUUUGAAGUUUCCCUUCCUCAUUAGGCUAUGAGCUUCUCAAAGGCUAGAACAGAACUUUGCAUCUGCCCUUGUAUCAGCAGCAGUUUGCAGAGUCCCUAGUUCAGAGAAAGUGCUCAAUGAAUGUUUCUGGAAUGGAUGCUGAAUUGGCUAGAGGAAUUUAGUGGAAACGCAACUGGCCUCAGGAUAGAUAGGGAUGACAGUGGCCUUCUGCUGCCUCCACUUUGAUCUGCUCUGGUAUAUUAGGAUGAAGUCAGUGGACACAGACAUGGCACAGGGUUAGGAAGGCUACCCAAGAAAGACUCAAGAGAAAUGUCCAAUUCCAUGCAUUUAUUUCAUACAGUGAACAUGAUUCUGGGUAAAGAAUGAAUUAAUCCCCAAUCUAGAGAAAGAAGGUGGCAGAAUUGUAAGGCAAAUUCUGGGAAGCUAGAGACAAGAUAGUGAAUCCAGAAUUGAAAGAUUUCUGAGUAUAGUUUGAACCUUAUGAAAUUAUCAACAUUUGAUUACUUUCGACCUACAAAAACAUCAAUUUCAUAUGGUUCAAUCUAAUAAAACUAGUCUCCUAAAAAAGGUAAAACUGGAUUCUGCAUCUACUUUAAGUAUAACUUUUUAGUUCCUUUUUGUAUGUGUCUUAUGAAUUCCUCAUGCAGUAAUGAUUUUUUUUUUUUAAUUGUAUUCAAGAUGGCCAACAGAGAGCAUAAGGAGAAAACUGCGUAUCAAUUUAGAAGCCAGAUUGUACUCCCAUUUGACCAGUGGCCUAUCUACUCUGAGGAGUUAAAGUUCGGCAGCCUUGACGUUGACUGUCUCUUUUUCCCCUCCCUGCUGGCCCCGUGGUCUUUUUGGCAGAAGGGGAAGUCCAAUGAAACCGCAGUUGGGGUGGGGGGAGGGGAGUGAGGGCAGAAAAUGGAGAGAUUGAUCUCCUCCCAGCUCUCAGCAGCUAGGCCACUGAUAUCAGUGUGAUUCAUAGCCUCUGGAGGAGAAGACAGGUACUGUACGAGGGAGGGUUUUAUAAAUCUUGAGUCAAUUCCUCGGUGUGAGACUUUUACCUUUAAAGAUUAAUUUAUUGAGAACAUGAAAGUAAGUCCUAGAGUCACCGGGAUUGAGUUAUCCCACAGUUUAGUAGUACGGUUUUUUAAUAGAUAUAUUUUAUGACACUUUUUCAAAUAACAUAUGUUAGGCUUUGUUGUUAUUGGGUGUUUUCGAGUGAAUUCUGACGCAUAGCAACCCUGCAGGACAGCGUAGAACUGCCCCGUAGGGUUUCUAAGGAGCGCCUGGUGGAUUCAAAGUGCCGACCUUUUGGUUAGCAGCCUAGCACUUAACCACUACGCCACCAGGGUUUUCGUAUUAGACUUAGCUCUCAGCAAUGUCUGUUUUUCAGCACCUGGACAACGCCUAAAUCUUACCUAUCAAACCCUUGUACCAUCCUUUCUCAGAAAGGUAGACUGUCCAAUUCUUUUUCUGUUGUUGUUGUUGGGUGCCACUGAGUUGGCUCUGACUCAUAGUGACCCUAUGUAUAACAGAACAAAAUGUUCUCCCAUCCCGAACCGCCUUCACAACGGUAGGUAUGUAUGAGCCCAUCGUUGCAGCCAUUUUGUCAACCCAUCUCAUUGAGGAGCUUCCUCUUUUUUGCUGACCCUCUACCAAGCAUGACGUCUUUCUCCAGUGAUUGGUCCCUCCUGAUGAUAUGUCCAAAGUAAGCAAAAUAAAGUCUCACCAUCUUCGCCUCUAAGGAGCAUUCUGACUGUACUUCCUCCAAGAUAGAUUUGUUUGUUCUUCUGGAAGUCUAUUGUAUAUUCAAUAUUCUUCACCAACACUGCAACUUAAAUGUGUCAAUUCUUCUUCAGCCUUCCUUUCUCAUUGUCCAGCUUUCACAAGAAAGGAGGCAAUUGAAAAUACCAUGGCUUAAGUCAGGCCCACCUUAGUCAUUAAAGUAACGUCUUUGGUUUUCAGUACUUUCAAGAGGUCUUUUGAAGUAGAUUUUCUCAAUGCAAUACAGCGUUUGAUUUCUUGACUGCUGCUUCCAUGGGUGUUGAUUGUGGAUCCAAGGAGAGUGAAAUCCUUGACAACUUAAAUUUCUUCAUUUAUCAUGAUGUUAUCGGUCCAGUUAUAAAAAUUUUUGUUUCCUUUAUGUUCAGGUGUAAUCCAUAAUGAAGGUUGUAGUCUCUUACCUAAAUCGUCUUUUCUUUCGGCAAGCAAGUUUGCCUAUCUGCAUAUCUGAGGUAGUUAAUGAGUCUACCUCCAAUCCUGAUGCUGUGUUCUUCUUCAUGUAGUCCAACUUCUCAGAUUAUUUGUUCAGCACACAAAUUGAAUAAGUAAGGUGAAAGAAUACAACCCUGCCACACAACUUUUCCAAUUUUAACUGACACAGUAUUCCCAUGUACUGUUCAAAAACUGCCUCUUGAUCCAUGUGCAGGUUCUGCGUGAGCACAAUCAAAUGUUCCGGAAUUCUCAUUCUUUGUAAUGUUAUCCAUAAUUUUUAUGAUCCAGAUAGUCGAAUGCCUUCACACAGUUGAUAAAACACAGAUAGACAUCUUUCUAUUAUUCUCUGCUUUUGACCAAGACCCAGCUGACAUCAGCAAUGAUAUCCCUCAUUUCUUGUCUUCUUCUGAAUCUGGCUUUAACUUCUGGCAAUUUCCUGUCAGUGUAUGGCUGUAGUCAUUUUUUAAUUAUCUUCAGCAAAAUUUUGCUAGCAUGUGCUAUUAAUGAUAUUGCUCAAAAAUUUACACAUUCUAUUUGAUCUCCUUUCUUCGGAAUGGGCACAAAUAUGAAUCUCUUCCAGUCAAUUGGCCAGGUAGUUGUCUUCCUGAUAUACUUAAUUUUGGUUAUUAUGACUUAUAACUAAAGAAAAAUGAAUUUUACAUGAGCUUAAUGUUAUUUGCUUUUGGGGCUUGAGGUACAAGUAACACUUAGCCUCAUGCAAACAUGAUGAUAUAUUUUUACCCAAGAAACUUCAGAUUUCAGUAAGUGGCCCACUCUCCUCAAUCACAAUGUUGAUGGCAAAGUGUGGUUACAUAGAUCCCAUGAUGAACUAAAACCCAGUGUAACAAGACUUUUUGAAAAUGACUCUAGGGCUUGUAAAUUCUAGCAAGUUCUUCUUUAUUUCCCUCCCAUUUGUCAGCCUGGAGCUUCUUCCAUUUGUUUCCAAGUAGACUGAAUUCUAUGUUAAUGUGGUUGAAGUCUCUCCCUGUGGAAUCUUUCAGGAGGGCUGUCCCAAUCACUGUGCAUUUCUGUGGAGAAAUGGCAACAUCUCCUGGGAUGGUGUUAUGGAUUGAAUUGUGAACCCCCAAAAUAUGUGUUAUAAAUCCUAACCUGUACACCUGUGGUUAGAAUCUCAUUUAAGAAUGGGUUGUCUUUGUUAUGUUAAUAAGACAGGAUUAGUGUAAGGUAUGUUUUGAGUCAAUCUCUUUUGAGAUAUAAAAGAGAUAAACAAUCAUGUGAGAAAAGCAGAGAUGGGGGAAGAGAGAUGCCAAGCCACAUGAAGAUUUCCCAGGAGCAGAGGCCCAGAAAAUACAAGGGCCUUCCUCCAGAGCUGAUAAAGACAGAAAGCCUUCCCUUACAGCCAGUACCUUGAAGUCAGAGUUCCAGCUCCUAAACUGUGAAGAAACGAAUUUCUGUUUGUUAAAGCCACCCACCUGUGUAUGUCUGUUAUAGCAGCACCAGAUCACUAAGACAGACUUUGGUACUGGAAAAUUGGGGUGCUGCUCUAACAGAUACCUAAAAUGUUAAAACAGUUUUGGAAUUGGGUAAUGGGUAGAGACUGGAAGAGUUUUAAGGUGCCUAAUAAUAAAAGCCUUGAAGAGACUGUUGGUAGAAUUAUGGAUGUCAAAUGCAACUCUGAUGAGGGCUCAGAAGGAAGCGAGGCAAGCUAUAGAGAAAGUCUCUAUUGUCCAGAGAAUACAUAUGGCGCCAGAAACAGAAUGUUGCUGGAAAUGUGGAUGUUAAAUGUGUUUCUGGUGAGGCUUUAGAAGAAAAUGAAGAGCAAGUAACUGGACAAUGGAAGAAGAGUGAUACUUUUUAUGUAGUGGCAAAGAAUUUGUUUGCAUUAUGUUCAAAUGUUUGGUGGAAGGUGGAGCUUAUAAGUGACGAACUUGAAUAUUUAGCUGAGGAGAUUUCUAAGCAAGAUCUUAAAAGGGCCUUGUGGUUUCUCCUUGCUGCAUAUAGUAAAAUGUGAAAGAGAGAUGGACUUAAAAAAUGAACUGUGCAAAAUAAAAACAAAACUUAAAGAUUUGGAAAAUUCUUUUGUACAAACUAAGGACAUGUGUCCUAGAAUUUUCACCAAGGAUACGGCUACACAAACUUUUAUUAAAGAGAUUAAGCCUGUGAUUGAUGGAUCUAACCAACUACCACAGCAGAAAACCCAUCAGCUUAGCUCUUUAGUUACCAUCAGUUUAAUGGUAUACCAACCACUGUUUAUGCCUCUGGACCUGGUAAAAAAAAUAGUACAAUAUUCCAGUUCUAAUUUUUUUUUUUUUAAUACAUUUAGCAUCAAGGUGGGUCUCCUUUGAACUGCAUGAAGCUCAGCAGACCAGAGUUGGAGCCUCACUGUUGUGUAUGUUGAGCAUUCUAUUAGAUGAUGCUCCUUGGAUGUGCUAGUUUUAUAAAUUUUGUAAACUUUUGCCAGUUUUUCCUUUAUUUCUGUGAGCUAAGUCUUGCAAGCAUAAUUAUGGCUUUCCUGUGUAAUAGGGAGCCCUGAUGGGUUCGUUUUGAUUUUUCUGUGUCAUGUUUGGAAAAUCAGAGGUUCCCCAUGUAACCUAAUGGAAAGGCACAUGCAAUAAAUUCUCUUCUUAGUUCUUACUGGUACAUUGUCAUACUACACAUGGGUGGUGCCAGAGUGCACUCACCUUAUUGGUGGCUUGUAUUACUAGAUCAUAUUUCUGAAAAUCCAUAUUACCCACCCAAAAUUUAAACGUACUGAAUUAGUAACCACGCAUUCCAAUACUGAAAACAUGCCUUCAAAAUUUUUUUGAAAAACCUAAGAGUUUGGUAACUAAAGGGUUAGACUGAAGGGAACAGAGAAAGAACAAAAGGAGCGAACACUUCUAGCCUCUUAGAACUUGACAGCCAGGAAACAGGCCAAAGGACACAAUCUGUUGUCAUCCAAGAAAAGAAAAAGAUCAGCCCUGGAGCAGCUCAGAUAUCAGCGAACUGUUGGAAGGAACACAGGAAGCAAGGCCUUCUUGGUUUUGAACAGUGGGGCCACUGCCCCCUCAGUUUCAACGAGUUGGUUCUUUGCCAACUUGGUUCCAGAGUGUGGGGCUGCUGUUACGGUGUGCCAGAGGGAUGGGGCUGCUGGCCAAAGCUGAGGGGGCGGGGCUCCCAUGCCCAAGGGGCAGAAGAAUUGGUCCUGGAGAGCCAAGGGGUUUGCUUCACCACUCAGGUGGACUAGGAGAAUGGGGCCACCCAAACCCAAAGGAUCAGAGUUGCCAUCCCAGUGGACCUGAAAGGCAGAGCUGAAGCAUAGGGCCCAGGGGCCUCCACCCAGAAUUGAGAGGGUGUGGCCAACACCAAAAGUCUGGAGGGUGGGGCCAUUGCCCCGAUGGUCUCAGAGAACAGAGGAUUAUUUUCCAGUUUUGAGAGCUUAUGUAAUUUGUUCUGCUGGGUUUUGGACUUGCUUGGUGCCCGUUAUACCUCCUUUCCCUCCAAUUACUCCCAUUUGUAAUGGAAAUGUCUUCCUUGUGCCUGUUCCACCAUUGUACUUUGGAAACAGAUAAUUCAUAUUCUAGAUUACACAGGUUCACAGAUGAAGAAGAAUUUGCCCCAGGAUGGAAUAUACCUAAAGUCUCACCUAUAUUUGAUUUAGAUGGUUCAGAAGAUGAGACUCUAGACUUGGAGUUGAUUACAGACUUCUGGAAUGAUGUGAUGGGAUGAAUGUGUUUCGCAUGUGGCAAAGAUAUGAAUUUUGGGAGGCCAAAGGGUAGAAUGUUAUGGGUUGAAUUGUGUUCCCCCAAAAUAUGUGCUGUAAAUCCUAACCUCUAUGGCUGUGGUUAUAAUCCCAUUUGGGAUUAGGUUGUCUUUGUUAUGGUAAUGAGACAGAUUACUGUAGGGUGUGUUUUGAGUCAAUCUCUUUUGAGAUAUGAAGGAGGUUAAACAAGCAAGGGAAGCAGAGAUGGGGAAGAGAGAUGCUAAACCCCAUGAUGCUGGAACAGACAAGGACCUUCCUCCAGAGCUGACAGAAAGAGAAAGCCUUCCCCUAGAGCUGGCACCCUGAAUUUGGACUUCUAGCCUCCUAAACUCUGAGAAACUAAACAUCUGUUUGCUAAAGCCACCCACUUGUGCAUUUCUGUUAUAGCAGCGCUAGAUAACUAAGACAGGUGGGAACAGUAAAUGCAGCAAAGAGGGCUGUGCUGAAAUAAGACUGUAAUUCUUUAAUUCUAAGUGGGUUUGGAGGGGGAAGGAAAGGUCUUUAAAUCUAAUUUAAGGCAAAUGCUCCCUCAGGCUCGAGUCUUGUAUCUAUUAUCUAUAAUAUCUUGUAUCUAAAUAAGCUGUCAUAAUAGAUAUAUCUAAAUUGAUUGAGCAUUUAGAGACCAUCAAGCAUAACUAUCACUUUAAAAAAGGGAAAUUGAGGAAAAGACUCACCUAAGCCGAGGGUCAAACAUAGAUGUGUGUCAGAAUUGUGCUUCAUAGGGUUUUCAAUGGCUGAUUUUUUUUUGGAAGUAGAUCUCCAGGCCUUUCUUCCGAGGUGCCUGUUGGUGGACUCAAAUCUCCGACCUUUCAGUUAGCAGCCAAGUGCAUUAGCCGUUUACACCACCCAGGGACUCUUUUCUGACUCCUAAACUAAUGCUUUUCCUUCCAACCACAACCAAGUGGUGUUUGCUUUUUGCAUUGAUUUUAUUAUCUCUAUCUUUUGUUUUCCAUU